AUGAGUUCAUCACACUCAUCUCAAUGUUUGGAUGAAGAGACCAGCAGAUGCCUUGAAUUCUCUGCAGACAAAUCGUCGGGCAUACGCCUAACCGUGCACGAUGAAGACAAGUCAGAAAUUAUACCUUCACCUUCUUGUAAGGAUGCCCCUUUGGGUGCAGCCCAGGCUGCUAAGACAUCCCAUCGCCCAUGGUAUCGCUCGCUCAAUCCGCUGCGACGGGGUCCUAUUCCUCCUGUUCCCACCCAUAGAUCAGUAUCGGGCGAGCACGGAGCCAACUGGCUCAGUCAAUUGACAUUCCAAUGGAUGACGCCAAUUAUGAGCAUUGGCUACCGCCGGCCUCUGGAGAUGAAUGAUAUCUGGGAGGUCAACCCUGACCGUUAUAUCACUCGGCUGUCCGAUCGGUUUGAGGCAUCCUUCCAGGCGCGCAUCCGUCGCCACGAGGCUCAUCCCCUUCUGUUCGCACUGCACGACACUUUCUGGCGCGAGUUCUGGUUUGGGGCGCUCUUUGUCUUCUGCUCCUCUAUCUGCCAGGUCAUGACGCCAUUCGUCUUGCGAUAUCUCAUCAAGUGGGUCACCGCUGCCUACACCGACAAAGCAUCCGGUGAUGACAGCAAAGGGUUUGGAAAACAGAUCGGCCUGGUCUUUGGCAUCAUGGUUAUGCAGGCGAUCCAGAGCAUUGGCACGAACCAAUUUAUCUAUCGUGGCUUUAUGGUCGGUGCACAGGCCCGGAGCGUCAUGAUAACCGCAAUCUUCGAGAAGACGUUGAAAUUGUCCAACCGAGCUCGCGCCGGAACGGCAGGAGACCCUCAGAAUAGCUCUAGUGAAACUGGUUGGCCCCCUGGGCGAGUGAUGAACAUGAUGUCAACCGAUACGUCUCGUAUCGAGUCAGCCUGUGGCAUGUUUCAUCUCCUCUGGGUCUCGCCGUUGACCAUCUUUCUUGCCUUGGCUCUGCUGAUCGUCAACAUGUCCCACUCUGCUCUUGCAGGGUUUGCAUUGCUUUUUUGCGGUAUUCCCUUGCUCACGAUCACAAUGAAGAAGCUGAUCCGCCGACGUCGUAGAAUCAACACGACGACGGAUGCUCGCCUCUCGCUGACCCAGGAGAUCAUGCGCUCCAUCCGGUUUGUCAAAUUCUACGGCUGGGAGCGAGCCUUUCUCGAGGCUCUGCGGACGUUUCGACAGCGAGAAGUUUUGAUGAUUCAGAAAUUGAUGGCGCUGCGCAAUGCUAUGAAUGCCAUCUCGGUCUCCUUGCCGAUUUUCGCUUCCAUGCUUUCCUUCAUUGUCUAUUCUGUCUCCGGACAUGAAUUGACUCCCUGGGUGGUUUUUUCCUCACUCUCCAUUUUCAAUUCUCUGCGCGUGCCGUUCAAUCUCCUCCCGGUGGUCAUCGGCCAGUUGACAGACGCCUGGGCAUCUUUGCACCGGGUAGAAGGCUAUCUGCUGGCCGAGGAGCAUCAAGAAAAUAUUAUUUGGGACCCAAACGCGGAAUGGGCGAUUGAGGCACGACAAGCUUCCUUCACUUGGGAGCAGACCUGCACGCAAACGACUGAGAAUGGUAUGGGGAAGUCAAGCCGGGCGGCUGGCACAAAGUCCCCGGAUAUAGCGGAAGGGCCCCCGUUCACGCUCCAAGACAUCAGCCUGUCCAUCGGGCGCAAUGAACUCGUUGCCGUCAUUGGUACUGUGGGUUCGGGGAAGUCUUCUCUCUUAUCUGCGCUCGCGGGCGAAAUGCGCCAAACUGGCGGGAUCGUGACCAUGGGAGCCGCAAGGGCCUUUUGCCCCCAAUCUGCGUGGAUUCAGAAUGCCACAGUCCGUGACAACAUCCUGUUCGGCAAAGAGAUGGAUCGCAAAUGGUAUGAUCAGGUGAUUGAGGCAUGUGCGCUGCGGGCUGACUUUGACAUGCUGCCCUCUGCCGAUGAGACUGAGGUUGGAGAGCGGGGAAUAACUCUAAGCGGGGGGCAGAGACAGCGCGUGAACAUGGCGCGGGCGAUUUACUUUGACAGCCCACUCGUUCUUCUGGAUGAUCCUCUUUCUGCUGUGGAUGCUCAUGUGGGACAGCAUCUUUUUGAGCAUGCUAUCUGCGGGCUGCUACGCAACCGUUGUCGUAUUCUGGUAACACAUCGGCACGACAUCCUCCAACGCUGUGAUCGAAUUAUCUGGCUGGAUGGGGGCCGCAUCCAGGCAGAUGAUUCGUAUGAGAAUCUUAUGGCUGCUAACAUCAACUUUCGGAACCUGUUGGCUUCGACCAGUCGCGCAGACAGCGACGAAGAAGCGACGCAAGCAGUGUCACCUCGGAAGAGCGAGCCAGGGCUCAAAGGAGAGACCUCCGAUCCGGGAACGCUCAUCCAGGAGGAAGACCGGUCCGUCGGCAGUGUUCGUUGGGGUAUUUACUUAGCAUAUCUCCGUGCGUCGGGCUCGGUUUGGUACGGACUGAUUCCGCUCCUAUUGCUCGCGUUAGCCCAGACAUCAAACAUCUUGACCAACCUCUGGUUGUCUUACUGGACGGAUCACAAGUUCAACAUUUCUCGGGCCCAAUACAUUGGCGUUUAUGUCGGGUUAGGGCUCAGUCAGGCGAUCUUGAUGUUUUCGUUCUCCUUGUCUGUCUCACUAAUGGCCACCCGGGCCAGCAAGGCAAUGAUGGCGCGCGCCUUGGCAUGUGUCCUGCGCGCCCCGAUGGCCUUCUUCGAUACCACGCCUCUAGGUCGCAUCGUCAAUCGCUUCUCCAAGGACAUAGACACAAUGGACAACGCUCUGGCCGACGCUAUUCGCAUGUAUCUUUACACCCUGGCCAUGAUCCUGAGUGUCUUCAUUCUGCUCAUCGUCUAUUUUCACUACUUCGGGAUCGCCAUCGUCCCACUGCUCAUCUUGUUCCUCAUAGCGGCCGCGUAUUAUCGCGCCUCAGCUCGGGACCUGAAGCGGCAUGAAGCAGUGCUGCGGUCCACUGUCUUUGCGCGAUUUAGCGAAGCCAUCUCUGGCACCGCUAGCAUCCGCGCCUACGGCUUACAGGGCCGUUUCACACACACUCUGCGCCAGACUAUCGAUAAAAUGAACUCGGCAUACUACCUGACCUUCAGCAAUCAGCGGUGGUUGAGUACGCGCCUGGACACCAUCUCUAUCCUCCUCGUCGCCACCACCGGAGUGCUGGUAGUCACCCUGCGCCAUGUCGUCUCCCCGAGUAUCUCGGGCCUCGUCUUCUCAUAUAUUCUCGCCAUCGUGCAAAUGAUUCAAUUACUGGUAAAACAGUUUGCCGAGGUCGAAAACGCUAUGAACGCCACAGAGCGGGUUCACUUCUACGGUUCCAGUUUGGCGCAAGAGGAAGAUCCCGGGGACCACGAUUCUCCCCCUGCAAUUGACAAGUCCUGGCCUCAGUCAGGCGCCAUCGACUUUCAUCAGGUCGACAUGCGGUACCGGCCCGAAUUACCUUUGGUUCUGAAAGGCUUGAAUCUGUACGUCACUGGAGGCGAGCGGAUUGGCAUCGUCGGCCGCACUGGGGCCGGCAAGUCCUCCAUAAUGACGGCCUUGUUCCGGCUGACGGACCUCGCGAGCGGGAGCAUCAAAAUUGACGGCAUCGAUAUCGCCCAGGUCCCGCGCCACGAGCUCCGGUCCCGACUUUCUAUCAUUCCGCAGGACCCAACCCUCUUCCUGGGCACAGUGCGGUCCAAUCUCGAUCCCUUUCACGAGCACACUGACCUGGAACUGUCGACCGCGCUUCGGCAGGUGGGACUCACGUCUGAGAGCGACAGCCAGGAUCCCUCACGUAUCCGUCUGGAUGGGCCCGUAGAAGAGGAGGGACUGAAUUUCUCGCUGGGCCAGCGCCAGCUGAUGGCCCUAGCGCGAACACUCGUACGUGGCAGUCAGAUUGUGGUCUGCGAUGAAGCGACGUCCUCAGUGGACCUGGAGACCGACCAUCGCAUCCAAGAGACCAUCCGGACGCGUUUCGAGGGGCGCACCUUACUUUGUAUUGCGCACCGGGUGCAGACAAUCAUCAAUUAUGACCGGGUGUGUGUGAUGGACAAUGGGCGGAUUGUAGAAUCGGACACGCCUUUGCGCCUUUGGGAAGCUGGGGGGAUUUUCCGAGCCAUGUGUGCUCAGAGUGGGCUCGUCAGGGCAGACUUCAACUGA